AUGACCGAGUUUGAGGCCUCACCGAGGUCUAAGCAAAGACCGACAGACUUGGACGUGAAUAUGCCACAAACUUGCUGUCGUACAGUGUUCUCGGCCAAAUGUUUACAGGCAUUUGUUGGCAGCAGUUGGGGCUUCUUGACCAACGUUGAGCGAGCUAUUAUUAUGCCUAGUCUGUGGCUUUAUUUACAAACAAACUGGAGCGAGGAAGCGGCAAAACAGUUCUACGCGGCCACUUUGGCCGCGUUCUGUUUGGCUAUUCUGUUAGUCACUCCAUUGAUCGGAUAUGCUGCGCACAAAGGGGUUCGAACGCAUGUGUUAUUGCUCUGUUCGAACCAGAUGGAAAUAUUUGGUAACGUGAUGUAUCUGAUUGGGUCCAGUCCAUGGGUUGUGCUUGCUGGACGGUUCAUUUCCGGAAUCGGGGCUUGUUGUGAUCCACCACUGUACUCCGACAUGGUCAAGUUGACCACAACCAAAGAACGUACCUCGUUUGUGAUAGCCAUGCUGUUACCCCGACAAAUCGGUCUCCUUUUCGGUCCCGCUUUCACCAUUCUGAUGCACAAAAUGAACUUCACUGUGGGCAAUUUCAACAUUAAUGUGUACAAUGUGCCCGGUCUGUUAAUGGCCACGUUAUGGGGUUUGCAUUGCAUUUUCGUGGUUGCCUGCUACCCGAAUGUGGAGAAAAUUAUUAAUACGUCGGAAACACCGACAUCCGGACCGGUGACAUUUUCCAGUCGAGUUCGGGGAUAUUUCUUCGCUCCACCGAAAUCGAAGAAACAGGCGGACAGUAAACCGAUGCUGGCGGACAGUGCGGAUUCGCACGACGCGAUGGAGGAACACGUGAUACGCAAACCACCGGCCGCCAAUCGAUGCUCGGACUGUUCGUGUUCAUCGUACUGUGAAUCGCUGCGACCAUACUUCAGUUUUCCACUGAUCGUGAUGUAUUUGCUCUGUUUCAUGGUGAACUUUACGACCAUGUGUUUGGAAGCGGUUCUGCCACCGGUGUCGGAGAAACUAUUUGGUUGGUCGGAAGUAGAAAUCAGCUGGACAUAUCUAGCUGCCGGUGCAGUGGUUCUAAUAGUGUUUCUGUGCAUCCGAUGUCUGACCGUGUACGUCCGUGAUAGAACCAUACUCAGUUUCGGUCUGAUUGUACUGCUGAUUAGUUACAUUUGGUUGUCCUGUUGUAUGUCUUUUCGUCCGAUCCCGGAAAAGUUUGUGAGCAUCGCAAUGUCUAUAUGUGGACUAUUUUUGCAUGUAGUCGGUUUACCCAUGGUUGCGACCAGCUCAGAAUCCCUCUACAGCAAACUGGCUCCAAACGAUGAUAUGGAUCGAGCGCAAACCAUAUACCGCACAGUCGUGAAUGUGGGAUUUUUUGCCGGACCUUAUGUGGGUGGAUCAUUGACCGAGGCACCGUACGGUGCAUUUAUCCUCAUGCUUUUAAUUGUAUUCGUCCCGUUCGUGUGUUUAUGUGUGGUCUAUGAGAAAUUCAUUCCGCCCAUUGAGGUGGAAGAGGAAGAAAACGAGGUUAUCUAA